CAGGGACAAAGUACUACUUUUAUUGUUAUCGAACAAACCAAGGGGAGCUAAUGGCGACUGCCGUGUCCGCUGACUCCGCGGUGGCUGCGAGCUUCUCGGAGCUCAAUGCUGCACUCAAGCGCGAGAACUACACCCGCGCUGUGGACAUUUGCAACAAGAGUGCGUCGGUGUUGACGUCGUCAAAUAGAAGGGGGAGACUGCGUAUCUGACCUCCGUUAAUGUAUGCACGCAGUUCGUUCCAAGUUUCCUGACGACGUAGACGCCGUCAAGGUCAAGUGUGUGGCACUCAUUCGUCUAGAGAAGUUCGACAAGGCCUUGGAAUUGGCCGUGAAAUAUGACUUUUUGAACACGGAGAAGGCCUAUUGCCUCUACCGCCUCAAGCAGGACGAUGAAGCGCUGAAACUUCUGGAGGGAGGAGACCUGGAGGCACUGAGUACUGCGCAACUGCACCUGGCGGCGCAACUGCACUUUCGCCAGGGAAAUUACAACCAGAGUAUCUGCAUCUACGAGCUGCUGCUCUCGCGAGCCCAGGAAGGUGACGACCUAUUGGAGCUGCAGACCAACCUGCUCGCGGCGUAUGCGAGUGCGGGUAGAAGCCAAGAGCUGAAGGAUCGCGAGAUUCCUAUUGAUGAUGGUUUCGAGGUGGCUUUCAACAAGUCGUUUGUGGCUAUCCAGUCGGGCGACUGGGGGGCGGCGGAGGAGCUCUUGCUGAUUGCUGAACGCUUGUGCCGCGAUACAUUUGAGGCCGAGGGUGCUUCGGAAGCCGAGAUUGAAGAGGAAGUGGCUGUCAUUAAGACGCAGCAGGCAUUUGUGAAGCAGAUGCGCGGCGAUCUGGACGGUGCGCUCUCGGACUACCGCAACGUGCUCAAGCUGAAGCUGCGUAACCGUGCAGUGGAUGCUGUGGCAUCGAACAACAUCGUGACGAUCCGCAAGGACCGCGACGUGUUGGACUCGUUCAAGCGAUUGAAGAACAUCGAUGCGUCCGUGCUGUCUGAUAAGCUGAGCCCGGCUCAGCAGGAGGCCAUCCUCACAAACCGCGCGCUGCUGCUUUGCCUCUUGAACAAGACGGAGGAGUGCCGCGAAAGCUUGGAAGUGUUGAAGAAGCAGUUUCCCUCGUCGAAGUCAAUUGCUGACAUUGUGGUCCUGCUCGCCAUCAAGGACCAGUCAGCUGCUGGUGCGAUCGAGCAGCUCCAGGGUGAUGUGAGCGUGGGUGGUUGUCUCGGUCUCGCACACGUCUACUUGACCGAAGGACAGGUGCUGAAGGCUGCCGAGUGCAUUCGCUCGAUUGAACAGCUGGCGCACUCCCCCGGUACGGUGGCUACCCUUGUCGCCCUCUACGAGCAGGCAGGCGACUCAGCGUCGGCUCAAGCUGUGCUGGAAAGCGCGCUGGCACACCACAAGGCUGGUGACUACACGUCCGAGCAGGCUAUGAAGAUUCGUGAGGGUGACUGCUGGUACAAGAUUCAGAAGAAGCAGUACCGCGAGGCUGCCGACGCUUACUUGGAGCUGCUUGAAGGCGAGACCGCUGGUGCUUUGGACCGUGAUCUACGCCUGCGUUCGAUGGCCUCACUGGUUGUCGCGCUGUCGUUCUGUGACGCUGAAGCGGCUGAGGCUCGAUGCGCUAUGCUUCCCGCUGUUGAGGAGAGUGGUGUUGACCCCAGUGAGUUGGAGAAGCAGGUUCCGCGCUCGACCCGUUUGGCUGCCAAGUUCGCAGACACUGGCGACAAGAAGAACGAACGCAAGCGCGCCGCCAAGAGCCCAGAGGCUAUUGCCCGUAAGCGUGCGAGGCGUAGGGAGGCGCAUCUGGCCAACCUGCGCGCUCGUCCGGACUACAACGCGUCUAUUGGACUGGUGAACCCGGACCCGGAGCGCUGGAUUCCGCGCAAGCAGCGCUCGCACGGCAAGCGUGGACGUCGUGGCCGCAACCGCUUUGUCGGCGCUCAGGGAGCCGGUAUGGGCACGGAGAAGGACGCUCUCAAGCUGGAUGCAGCCGCUCGUGCUGCGCGCAAGGCCGAGUCGGACAAGCCUGCAGCCGUCGUGGUGUCUAGCGGCUCUGGCAUUCGCAAGUCCAAGAAGAAGAAACGCAGAUAGAGGGAGCGCAGGACCCUAGAAACAGUCGCUGACCAAGGCGCAGUGGCUUGAAGAGUAGACGAACUACCUCGUCACCAAUAAGAGACAAAAGUUGGUCUUGUCCUGCAGCUUUCUGUCUGUGAAUCGUCUAGUGUUUGUGCUGUUUAUCACCCUCCUACUCGUGUUGCUUUACUACAUCUAUCCAGCGUCACUGUGCCUGUAAGUUCCAUCCACACGUACGUACUGGCUGCAAAGGAGGCGGCGACGCUGGUCCCAAUGAGUCGGAAGUAGCCGCACUGUCUAGACUGUGGUGAAGCUAGGCGCCUUCUCACGCAGAUAGAAGAGUUUUGCACGACGCACGCGCUUCUUGCCUCUGUGGAUAAACGCCUCCUGCAGCACCUUGACGCUCUGGAGCAGCGGCGAGUGCAGGAAGAUCUUCUGCUCGUAACCGUAGCCACCGAUGUGCUGUUACCAACAAUAUAAACCAGUCAGUACCUCAGUAUCAACACUUCACACAGA